AUUCCACACCCAGAUUAUAUGCCCCUCUAGCUAAUACUUACCUAAUCCACCAUCUCCUUCUUUCCUUCUUCAAUACACUCACACACAAAACAUAACAAAAAACACACACACAAACACAAACACAAACACACAGUGUCUUUAUGUUUUCUGUUUUUUCUUCAAAAUUUUCAAACCCACCUUAAGAUCUUGGCUAAUUUCGAUCUGGGUUAUUCUUGUUUUUGGAUUUUAUUAACACCCAUUUAAUAAAGUUUGAAUCUUUAUCUGUCAAUGUGUUCUAAAAAUGUCUGCUUCAUUGACUCCUUUCACACGUCCAAGACUUGGACCUACUAACACGGUUUUUAAGAGUGGUCCACUGUUCAUAUCUUCGAAAGGAUUAGGUUGGAAGUCAUGGAAGAAGCGCUGGUUUAUUCUCACGCGUACUUCUCUGGUGUUCUUUAAAAAUGAUCCAAGUGCACUUCCGCAGAGAGGAAGUGAAGUAAAUCUGACAUUAGGGGGAAUUGACUUGAACAAUUCUGGAAGUGUUGUUGUUAGAGAGGACAAAAAGCUGUUAACGGUUCUUUUUCCUGAUGGACGCGAUGGGCGUGCAUUUACUCUUAAGGCAGAGACAUCAGAGGAUUUGUACGAGUGGAAGACAGCCCUUGAACAUGCUCUUGCACAAGCCCCAAAUGCAGCCCUUGUUAUGGGACAAAAUGGAAUAUUCCGGAAUGAUACUACUGAUUCAACUGAAGGGUCCUUUCAUCAAUGGAGUAAUAAACGCCCCAUUAAAUCUUUAGUUGUCGGAAGACCAAUAUUGCUAGCACUGGAAGACAUAGAUGGAGGCCCAUCUUUCCUUGAGAAAGCUCUUAGAUUUCUAGAGAAACAUGGAGGCAAAGUGGAAGGAAUCCUGAGACAAUCUGCAGAUGUGGAGGAGGUAGAUCGCAGAGUUCAAGAAUAUGAAACAGGAAAGACUGAAUUCAGUUCUGAUGAGGAUGCACAUGUCGUUGGUGAUUGUGUUAAGCAUGUCCUUAGAGAGCUGCCCUCAUCACCGGUUCCUGCAUCCUGUUGCACUGCGUUAUUGGAAGCUUAUAAAAUUGAUCGGAAGGAAGCUCGAAUUAAUGCUAUGCGUGCUGCAAUUUCGGAAACAUUUCCUGAACCAAACAGGCGCUUAUUACAAAGAAUACUUAAAAUGAUGCAGACUGUUUCCUCGCAUACUGCUGAAAACCGAAUGACACCAUCAGCAGUAGCUGCUUGUAUGGCACCAUUGCUCUUACGGCCACUUUUAGCUGGUGAAUGUGAGUUGGAUGAUGAUUUUGAUGACACUCGUGACAAUUCUGCACAGCUGCUUGCUGCUGCAAAUGCUGCUAAUAAUGCUCAAUCGAUAGUUGCAACUCUCCUUGAGGAGUAUGACAAUAUCUUUGAUGAUGAUACUAUGCUCAGAUGUUCUAUAUCAGCAGAUUCACGGGAAAUUAGUGCCAGUGAGGAUUCAAGUGACGAUGAAAAUUUGGAAAUCAAAGGCACUGUUUACCAUGAUGCAGAAAAUGAAGCUGAGCAAGAAACUGAUGAGGAUCCUGAAAGGAUAUUCAGUGGAAAGUUGAGCGAAAGCAGUGGUUAUGCUGGCAGUGAUCUCUAUGACUUUAAGGCAUAUGGAGCCGACGAGGCAGAAGUGGUAUCUCCAAAAAACAAUGGGAAUUCAUCUGCAAAAUCAAAUACAUUGGAAAACUCUCAACCUCUUGUAGAUUCUAAUCAUGAAGUUAGUGACCAACCUAUGCAGCAAAAUAGGUCAAGUGAAAAUCAGGCGGAUCAAGGGCUACCUCAGUCUUUCUCUGGACAUGAUUCAAGCACAGAAACUCCUGUUAGCAAACUAGCAGGAUCCAACAAUAAUUCUAGGCGUUCAACAAUUUGGGGUCGAAAUGGAAGAAAGACUCCGUCAAUGGAAUCAGUUGACUCUUCUGGAGAAGAAGAAAUUGCUAUUCAGAGACUUGAGCUCACGAAAAAUGACUUGAGGCAAAGAAUUGCAAAGGAGGCGAGAGGAAAUGCAAUACUUCAAGCUAGUUUGGAAAGAAGGAAACAAGCAUUGCAUGAGCGUCGAUUGGCACUUGAACAAGAUGUUUCAAGAUUACAAGAACAAUUACAAGCUGAGAGAGAUUUAAGAGCCGCUUUAGAAGUAGGGUUAAGCAUGUCUUCUGGGCAGGUUUCUGGAUCUCGUAAUAUGGAUUCAAAGACAAGAGCAGAACUUGAGGAGAUUGCUCUUGCUGAAGCGGAUGUUGCACGAUUGAAGCAAAAAGUUGCAGAACUGCAUCAGCAACUUCAUCAACAACGCCAGCAUCACUAUGGCUCUCUCUCUGAUGCUUCUGAUCGAUACCAACAUUCCCAUAACCAUAAUCCUCAACAAAGAAUUUUUCAGCAAGAUUUUGAUUCUACAAUUGCUUAUAUUAACCAUGAACGAAAACAAAGAUCAGGGGAAAUUUCAUUGGGAGCAGAAUUGAGAAACAUAAAAGGGCAAACCUUAAUGAAUGGUAACACGACAGGCAGAACACUUGGUCGGAAACAGUUUCUGGACACAACCACCUUGAGUGAUUCUAAAAGUACCGAGGCAUCAACAAGUUUAUCCAACGAUGAUUUUGGGGCUGUUGAUUCUGCAAGUGUGCCAUCUACAUCGAGACCAGCUGAGGCGACUGAUUAUGCAAGAAACCCAGUGGCAGCAUCAUCUACAUUGGUAGAAUUAACAACCCGUCUUGAUUUCUUCAAAGAACGACGUUCUCAGCUCAUGGAACAACUUCACAACCUUGACUUGAGCUACGGAACCUCCUCACAAGAUCUUACACAUAAACAACCGUCGCCUGGUUGGAACAUACUUAAAAGAAGCUGAUUCUGAGCUUCAUUUGUACAUCCUGGUUUCUUCUCUUCCAUAUUCUUUGUCAUUAUGUUUUGGAAAACAAAAAAAAAAAAAACAUCAUUUUCAUUAGGUGAAGCAGGCGCUUAAAAUCCUUAAGUAGUUAAUGUAUCAUUGAGUUUGUUGUGAACAUGAAUGGGCUGUGUAUUCUUGAGUGAAGGGGUCAGUGCUACUAAACUUUUUUGCAUAAAUGGAGACUGCUAUAUGAGAUUGUAACGAAUGAUUAAUUCUAUAUUUGAUGAGUGUUAUUGUUUUGUAUAUA